UAACACAUUGGCUAUUCACAGCUUCCUCCCGUCUGGGGGAGAUGCCAGGGGGCCUGCACUAGCUCCAGCCUUACCCACAUACAUGGUGCUGUUGUGUAAUCACUGGUAACCAAGGUUGGCAUGGCUCUGUUUACACUGCCUGAUGCCAUGCUCUUCCUGCAGGGCAGAGAUCUCUGGCAUUGGGCUGCCUGGCUUGUCCUCCUUUAUUUGCUGUUUAAAGUCACUACAUUGUAUCUGAUGUGGAGGGAUCUGGAUACAGCAUACAGACCUUUUCCAGGUCCCCUGCGUCACUGGCUGUAUGGGAACGCCCGGGAGUUUCUGCAGAUUGGAAAGGAUCUGGAUCUUAUUUACCAGUGGUCUCGGAGCCAUGUGUACGGCUUCCCCUUGUGGCUCGGGAAUUUCUUCGCAUCUCUAAUCAUUACUCAUCCAGAUUACGCAAAAGCGGUUUUCGCCAGACAAGACCCCAAGGAUGAUACGGCGUAUAGAUUUAUAAUCCCCUGGAUUGGAGAGGGAUUGUUGGUCUCCUCUGGGCAGAAGUGGUUCCAGCAUCGCCGUCUGCUCACUUCAGGCUUCCAUUAUGAUGUCCUGAAGCCGUAUGUGACCUUAAUGGCCGACUGCACCAAGAUCAUGUUGGACAAAUGGGAGCGACUGAUCCCAGAUGAAAACCCAGUGGAACUUUUCCAUCAUGUCAGCCUCAUGACCCUGGACUCCAUCAUGAAAUGCGCCUUCAGCUAUGAGAGCAAUUGCCAGACGGACAGUGAAAAUUCCUACAUCAAAGCGGUGUACGAGCUCUCCUACCUGGUAGAUCACAGGUUCCGUAACUUCAUGUAUCAUAGCGACUUCAUCUACAACCUGAGCCCAUCAGGAUUUCGCUUCCGGAGAGCACUGAAAGUAGCCCAUGAGCAUACAGAUAAAGUUAUUAAACAGAGGAAAGAGUUACUGAAGAACGAGAAGGAAUUGGACAGAAUCAGACAAAGGAGACAUUUGGAUUUUCUUGAUAUCCUUCUCUGUGCCAAGGACGAGAAUGGCCAUGGUCUCUCGGACAAGGAUCUGCGGGCAGAAGUGGACACGUUCAUGUUCGAGGGACACGAUACAACGGCCAGCGGGAUCUCAUGGAUAUUAUAUGCCUUGGCAAAACACCCGGAGCACCAGGAGAGGUGUCGAGAGGAGAUCAAGUCAGUCCUAGGAGAUCGCGACACAGUGGAAUGGGACGACCUGGGAAAGAUCCCUUACACCACAAUGUGUAUUAAGGAGAGCUUGCGGCUUUACCCCCCAGUCCCUGGAGUCGCUCGUAAACUCAGCAAACCAAUCACAUUCUUUGAUGGGCGCAGUCUUCCUGAAGGAGCGAGGGUUAUCCUGAGCAUUUACUGUAUAAACAGAUCCCCAAGUUACUGGAAAGACCCAGAGGUAUUUGACCCUCUGAGGUUUUCUGCGGAGAAUUCGUCAGAUAGACACCCCCAUGCCUUUCUACCCUUCGCAGCUGGAUCCAGAAAUUGCAUCGGGCAGAACUUCGCCAUGAAUGAGAUGAAGGUGGCGGUGGCUCAUGUAUUGCGCAGAUUUAAGCUUAUUCCGGACCCUGAAAACGAACCUCAGAAAAUUCCUCAGAUAGUCCUCAGAUCCGUGAACGGAAUUCAUCUGAAGCUGGAGAAGAUUGGGAAGGAUUACGAGAAAAAGACACUUGGCGCCGAACGCACGUAACACGAUGGAUCAGGCUUCAAAAUGCAAUCCAUUCUCUGAGGCAGCUCUCUGGCUGCUGCAGAACUACAAGUCCCAGCGGGAGUCAGGGCAUGCUGGGAGUUGUAGUUUUGCAACAGCAGGAUGGUCACUAGAGAUGAGCGAACUUACAGUAAAUUCGAUUCGUCACGAACUUCUCGGCUCGGCAGUUGAUGUCUU